CCUACAGGCUCCGCUAUUUUGAUAAGCUCAGUUGUGCUCUGUUCGUGAGGCAGACGCGAUCGCGUAGAGAAAGAUGGGCCACCUCAUAUGUUUGCUGGUGUUGAGUUCGUUGUGUUUGUCAGAAUUUGUCUCACAUCAGGCCACUUAUCAGUGUGGAAUCAGAAAACACGGGUUUCUCCCGCUGAUCGGAAAGGGAUGGCCAGUGGAAGAAGGACAUUGGCCAUGGCAUACGGCCGUAUUUCACAGGUUGAACGCUGAUGAUCCGUUCAAAUAUGGUUGCGGCGGUACUUUGGUCAACGAGAGGCACGUCCUGACGGCAGCGCAUUGCGCGGUUAGACUACCGUCUGGACUAUCUCGGAGUUCGCACCCAGCAGUAAUGUAUGAGAUCGAGCUGCACUUCGGUCAGCACAAUCUGUCGAAAGUGAGCGAUAGUGUGGUGAUUCGUGACGUUAUCAAGGCGCAUGUGCAUCCGGAAUAUGCAAAACAUAAGAAUGAUAUCGCUGUGUUGGUUACGCGUUUGCCAGUGGAAUACUCCGACACUGUGAUUCCGAUUUGUCUAGAUCAAAACGUUGAUCGUGAUCUACAGGAGUUGGAAGGCCAGCGCAGCUGGAUCACUGGGUGGGGAAGAACGGAAAAUGGAACUUUUUCGGAUAUUCUCCAGACAACGUCGCUACCCGUAGUAAGCUAUAGGCAAUGCAUAAUGGACGAUCCGGUGCUUUUUGCGCCAGUUUUGAGUGAAAAUGACUUUUGCGCUGGAAAUAAGAACGGAACCAGUCCUGGACCGGGAGACAGUGGUGGCGGAAUGUACAUCAGCGAUGGUGAUCGUUGGAUACUCAGAGGAAUCGUGUCUUAUGGAAAGAUAGACAACUUGAAAGUAGGAGUCAACUCGGACAAGUACACCGUGUUUGUCAAUGUUCAACCGUAUUUGCCAUGGAUUAAAGCUAUUUUUGCCGAAAGUGAACCUCGUCGAGAUAGAGGACAGAAGCGAAUUAGUGAGCUAGAAUGCGAAAGGUUCCAAAGCCUGGCGAUAAAACGACGCAAUGGAGAUUGUCUCAACAACAGAUACCGGUAUAAUGUCAUCCUGAUUAACUCUGACGAAAAACCUAUUUGCAACGGUGCCUUGGUGGAGGAAUCCCAUGUCAUAACCACUUGCAGCUGCGUUCGCAUAAGGAACAAAGGUGUUGUCUACCGGAAUGCUAAGGUCCGUAUCGAAGCAUACGGAAUUGUGGCCAUUUCCGAAAUGAUCUGCCAUCCGAAUCAUGUCCACCACAGGAAACAUUACGAUUUAGCUAUUAUCAAAUUGAAUGCAGCCGUUUCUCUUUGCAACACGUUGAUUCCCGCUUGUUUGGCAAAUAACUGGACUGAGAAUCUGUACGAUAUCCUUGUAAAGACUUUGUUUCAAACUGAACGGAUCGGUUCAGCCGACCACAUGUCAUUAUAUGAAUCAGAUGACAACCGAAUCAAGCCAUAUGAAGCAUGCAAAUCAUUACACCAACAUGCAUGGUUCAACAGGUCUGAUGACCAGCUUGGUGAACUAUGCGUCAACAGUUCGGAUCGAUUGAUGAACAAAAAAUAUUCCAAAUUGAUGGAUCGUACAUCAUCUGGAGCUUUAUUGCAGACGUUUAACAGGAAUUCCUGCAGGUCCACUAUAGUGGGACUGAAAAUCUACACUGAGAGAGCUUACGAGUCGGCCAAGCCGCAUGGGAUUGAAAUUUAUGCACGAAUAUCGUACCAUUUGGACUGGAUUGAGAACAUCAUCUGGCGGUCUGAAGAGCACAUAAAGCUACCCAUUCUAGGAUUAGACGACAAGUGCAACAGCAGUCAACACCGCACACAGAUCACUGGAAAGGAGAUGAGUGUGGCAAUUUUCCACCGGAAUCCGGAAACGAAUGCUUUCGAGCUGACUUGCAGUGGUGCCCUAAUCAGCGUGAAGCACGUUCUAACAACGGCACGUUGCGUCGUAAAUCAAACCACCGGGGGAUCGCUGCCAGAGAACACAUUUGAACUGCAUUUCGGUUUGAAUCGUUUGAGUGAACGUAGUGUAAACGAGCAAAAUGGUCGAAUGCCCUUCUUCUUUCGAUACUGUGAUUUUACCUUCGGUAUUAUUUUGACUAUUUCAAUCAACUUCAGACACCCGCAUCGACCGAUAAAGGUUGAAAUCAGCAGCCAUGACGUAGUCGAUAUUUUAAAAAUAAUUUGCCAUCCAGACUAUGACUCCAUCAACUUUUACCAUGAUGUGGGAGUUGUUGAAUUGGCAACUCCGGUUGAGUUAUCCAGCCGAUUGGUUCCUGCCUGUUUGGCAAACAUUGAAACAGAAAAUCUCCGGGACGCAAUGUUGCAGACUACGCUUUUCAAAAACAAAAACUGGAAAACACCCUGGCCUAAAUCUUCGUAUGAGUAUGUCGGAACAGUGGAUGAAUGUGAGCAAGCAAUGCCAUCUCAUUACCAGGAUAAACUCUUUAAGCCUAGUCAAACCUGUAUGAUCAACCAGCGAUUUAUAACGAACAAAUUCAACGGGAGUAUUGUGCAGUCUUUAGACAACCGAGCAUGUAGCUUCACAGUGAUCGGAAUUGGAAGCACUGCCGUAGACAAUCCAGAGCUCAGUCCUAGAACCACAGUUGGCAUUGUUCAUCGUGUUGCCUACUACCUGGAUUGGAUCGAGCAGAUCGUUUGGGAAGAGGAAUUCCCAGCUCAACAAGGCUGGACGUUAUUGCAGAGAGUAUCGCCUAAAGGACGACGGGGUAAAAUGGUCAGCCGAGGAAUGAUCGAAAAUCAGCAAUACAGUGGGAAGAAGGCGCUCGCUUUAAAAGUAUACCCUGCUAAAGUACAAGGCAAUGGAUACGGAGCUGUCCAUGAUCAUUGGAUGGUCAACCGGUCUUUGGAAAUACCGCAAAGCUAUCAAUUUAAAAAGAUGUGGAAGAAAAAAUCACUGUUGACGGGUUUUGUCUAACUUUUUUAC